AUGAGUCAAGUGCGUUAUAAUUCUUUGGUUGAAACCAUCUUCAAGUCUCCUAAUCUUGACCGACGUAUCCAACGAAAAAUCAUUAGAGACCUCUCGGACAACAACAACCCCCGAUUACAAUCGACUAUUGAAUUAAAUGCGAGGCACAUCAUAUGCCAAGCCAGAGCGCAAGGCUAUAACGUUAUCACUCGCUUUGUACCUCCUUAUUGCUCAACUGUAACCUUCUAUACCACCAGAAUCGGCUUUGUUACAGUCUCACAGCUCAGUCCGACCUUUGAUAGCAAUCUCGAAAGGGUUGCUGACAAUUUCGAUGUUACCCGAGGGGCAAUCAACACUCUCGAAGCAGCCUACCGUGAUACGCUCCUCCUCAACGGUGCAAGGCACGGAGCGAGUGCAUGUGGAUCUAUUAGUCAUCUGCGCGACAAAACGGCGCAUCAAAAAGCCCUUAAUGGCUCAACUCUGGAGUACAACCAGGUUUACAUCCGUUUAGAAUGUCCUCCUUCUACGAAUCCAGGACCUAUACUCACCUUCAAUCCUCCUCAACAAGAUGGUGGAGUGCACAUAGUUCAACAUAAACUCCGUAUCAUCUUUCAUUGCUUGUUUGGGGACAGCAAAGUCAACUUCCGAAAAGGUCCUGCCGCCGUAAUCAAUGACUUCCUCUACAAGACUCAUGAAGGCAAAUAUGCGAAGAACGUACACCUUAUCGGAGGAGAACUGUCUGCUCAUUUAACCUUCCUUGGCCGAAUAUUUGCCUGUCUCAACCUCAACGCUACCAACGCUGGCAUUGCGGUUAUAAUUGGGCUCUUUACUUCGGCGAAGAUCGGCAACGAAAACAUAGCUCUAACCCUAGCCGCAUCAAUACUACUAGGUCUUCGUAUUUGGCAGUGGCUCUGGACACUGUUAAUGACCACCACAACCUACGAAAAUAUUGCCUCCAAUGACUUACGACUACGAACCGAGGAAGCAGCGGCGUCCUUAUACGCUCUCGAUUACUGGUACCUGGCGUUAUUACUGGCGAUGAUAUCUCCUCAGGAGAAUAUCUAUGGUCGUGGGACCUACCGCUCAUGGCUAGACGUUGCGGGGUCGGGAAUUCUUGAAAUGACUGGCCCGGCGCCGCCAGAACUUCUUUACUUUGCAGGGUAUAUCACGACUUCACUAGAUCCAAGUGAACUCGACAAUAGGUGGGACAGCUGCGCACCACUAGCGGCUUGGGUUCCUUACGAUACUCAUCGAAUUACUUAUGCGUCAAAUGACAAGGUGCGAAAAAUUUCGCUAAUCGAUAACUUCCUUCACUUGUCCAGUUCCAGCAGAGCAUCGCUUAGAGAACAUGCAGGCUCUUUGGUUUUUAAGCAUGAUGGAGAUGAAUUCAGCCUGCCACGGACACUUCGUAUAUAUAGCAAGGAGAUAGGGUAG